GUCUAUGUUCAUGGAAAACCCCCGUCUUGGCGACAGAUCCAAUCUCGAAGAUUUCAGAAUUCGCGGUUACAACCCGUUGACCCCGCCAGACUUGUUACAGCACGAGCUUCCAAUCUCCGACAAAUCGCGCGCAAUAAUCUUGAAGGGAAGAGACGAUUCGGUCGCGGUGCUUCAGGGCAGGGACGACCGUCUCAUCAUUGUCGUCGGCCCAUGCUCGCUUCACGACCCGGUCGCCGCCAAGGAGUACGCUGAGCGUUUGUACAAGCUCAACGCUGAGUUGGAAAAGGAUUUGGUUAUUGUCAUGAGAGCGUACCUCGAAAAGCCCCGUACUACCGUCGGCUGGAAGGGGUUGAUCAACGAUCCGGAUUUGGACGGCUCGUUCAACAUCAACAAGGGUCUCCGCAUCGCGCGUGAGAUGUUCUGCAAUUUGACGGAAAAGUUGCCUAUCGCCUCUGAAAUGUUGGACACCAUUUCCCCACAGUUUCUCUCCGACUUCUUCUCUGUCGGUGCCAUCGGUGCCAGAACCACUGAGUCGCAGCUCCACCGUGAGUUGGCCUCCGGUCUCUCCUUCCCAAUCGGGUUCAAGAACGGGACUGACGGCUCGCUCAGCGUUGCUAUCGACGCCAUGGGCUCUGCGGCCCACCCCCACCACUUUCUCUCCGUGACCAAGCCGGGUGUCUGUGCGAUUGUGGGUACUGACGGAAACGAGGACUGCUUUGUGAUCCUCAGAGGUGGUACCAAGGGUACCAACUUUCACGAGGAAGCCGUCAACGAGGCCCAUCAGGAGCUUGUCAAGCGCAAGAUCGUUUCUUCCGAGAAGCCGGGCCCUCGCAUCAUGGUUGAUUGCUCCCACGGGAACUCCAAUAAGGACCAUCGCAACCAACCAAAGGUUGCCCAGUGUGUUGCUGACCAGAUCAGCAAGGGCUCCACCCAGAUCUGCGGGUUGAUGAUCGAGUCCCACUUGGUUGAGGGUAACCAGAAGACCGAUGUCUUGGAGAACUUGACCUACGGGAAAUCCAUCACCGACGCCUGCAUUUCCUGGGAGACCACCGAAGACGUCUUGAGAGGGUUGGCCAAGGCGGUCCAGACCAGAAGAGCUUUGACGCAGUAGAGAGCAUUUAACUUCAUUUCGUGUGUACAUUCUUAAUUAUUUUUGGG